GUUGUCGGAGAGAUUGAGGUGGCGGAGGAGGAGCAAGUUGCCGAGUUGCUGGGGGAUUUCUCCGAGGAAGGUGUUGCCUAUGAGGCCGAGACCCUGCAGAGAGGUGACUCCGAACCAACUACAGAAAUGGAGGGAAUCGUUCCAAGAGCUGAGAAUCAUAUUGGGGUCGUCGGUGAUUCCUUGUUUGAAGUGAAGCAAGGCGAGCCGGUCUGUGUCGUUGCUCGAAGCUGUGGCCUGCUGACACACGACGACGACUGAAGUGAUGGAAGCAAGUAGUAGAACUAGCAAGUGGCGAUGCAAGGGAGGCUUUUGAUGGCAAGAUGGAAGACAUUGAGAAUGUGUUUGCUUUAUCAUUGGGAAUUCGUUAGAAGGCUAGUAAGCGAAGAAUGGAGGUGAUUAUCAAGGAUGGUUGUGGGAGGCCCUUUUAUAGGCAGAUUUUGACAUGUCCAUAAUUUAUUUACAAUGUUCUAAAAGGAAGUCAAAUGGUAUCGUAAU